AUUUUAUCUUAUGAGUAUUGUCGCUUGUUGGUACUCGGUUCACGGUUGUCACUUGUCAAGUUGAAUGGAUUUUUAAUUUAUUUGUAUAUUAGUUAAAACUUAAAACCAUACUAGUGCUAGUUUCGAUAUGUACUAAUGUUCUAUUAGGUAAAUGAUAAAUUAAUUUUUUUUUUAAAUUCACAUUUAUUAUGAAUAAAUUAGCUCCAAGCAAAUGUACAGUAUAUGUUUCAAAUCUUCCAUUCAAUUUGACAAACAACGAUUUACAUAAAGUAUUUGAAAAAUAUGGAAAAUUAGUUAAAGUUACAAUAGUUAAAGAUAAAACAACACGACAAAGUAAAGGAGUGGCAUUUGUAUUAUUUCUCAAUCAAAAUGAAGCUAACAUUUGCGUUAAAUCUACAAAUGGCAUACAAAUGUUCGGAAGAACAUUAAAAAGUUCUAUUGCAGUAGACAAUGGCCGUAGUACAGAAUUUAUCAGGAAACGCCAGUAUACUGAUAAAAGUUUUUGCUACGAAUGUGGCAAAGAAGGCCAUCUUAGUUACAAAUGUCCAGAAAAUUGUUUGGGUGAACGACAGCCACCACCUAAAAAGAAAAAAAAGAAAAACUUAGAUGGUAACGAAGGCUGUAGCAAAAAUCAAGAAUCUUAUCUUAGCUCAGAAGAGGAUACAGAAUUUUAUGACAGGACUAAAAAUUACAAAGAAAGAAAUAGUGAUGAAGAAAAAUGUGAUACAUCUCAUAUGGAGACAUUAAGUGCAGUAAUACACGAAGAACAAGAGAAUAAUAUUGACCAGUCUAGCAGAGUUGAAGUGUUACAUAAAAAAGUGUACCGUAAAGAUUCAUACUUCAGCGAUGAGGAGGAACUUAUUGAAUAAUAAUUUUAAUUAAUGUUUUUAUUCUAUAUUUAGUUAAGAUAUUACUAUUAAUUAAUAUACAAACCUGAAUAUAGUUCUAUACAAUAUAAUUUAUGCAUUGUUAGUUAUUCCAUGUAUUAUUUUCGGAAAUUUGUUUGUUAGGUUCAUCAAAUUGGUACUGUGAUUUUUGUGUAAACUUGGGUUUAUCAAUCGGAAAUACUUCAUAAAUUACUGAAGAACUGUA